AUGGGGGCACCGCGGCCCCUAAAGAGGGAGGAGGUGGCAGCGCCAGGGGACUCCGGCAGCCUGUGUCAUGUCACGCCGCCCGCCCACCGCGCACUCCAGCAGGCUCUCCAAGCCAAGGGACCCCAGGGGAGCGCGGUUCCUGCGCUCCGGCUGCCAGACCCCGCUGAGCCCGCUCCUGACCCUCCCUACCAGGUGGCCAUCGACAUGAACACCCUGGCACGGGGCACAGGAGUGCGGGGCGCCCCUGCGAGCCGGCCGCUGCUCGCACUGCUGCUGCUUCUGCUGCUGCCGCUGCCCGCAGGCGCCUGGUACAAGCACGUGGCGAGUCCCCGCUACCACACCGUGGGCCGCGCCGCGGGCCUGCUCAUGGGGCUUCGCCGCUCGCCCUACGUGUGGCGCCGCGCGCUGAGCCCCACUGCGGGGCCCCUUGCCUGGGAUACCCUGGGCGCGGCCCCCCAGGGGCUCUCUUCCAGAGACACCCUUUCCUCGGGGCCCGCCGCCCGUGAUGCGCUACUGCCUCCCUCCGGGGUUCAGGAACUGUGGGAGGUGCGACACAGCGGCUCCCGCGCAGGGCUCCCCGUGCGUGCGCCCCGGAGCCCGCUUGCCCCGGAGCCUGCGCCUGAACCCGAGCCGUGGCUGGGCGACGGUUCCUGGACCUCGGAGCAGACCAGUCUUGCUCUGUUCUUUCUAGAGCCUUCGGAGAGUCUCCCGCUCAGUGAUUCGCGCAGCGAACCGUCUUCGCGGGCCCUCGCCUCGCUCCGCGGCCGACCUGACCUCACCCUCUGCCCGUGGCGCGCCUGCGCCUGA